UCCCCGAGUCGUUGAGCGCAGGUCGCCCAGGUGGCAGAGAGAGCCCAGUCCCCAGUGUGCGGCCGGGUGAGCGUCCCGCGGGGCUGCGCGGGACCGACCCCCGUGUCAAAGGGGAUGGCGGCAGGCCGUUCCUCCCAUCCCUGCUGCACGCCCACCCCCCAAAAUACUAAUGCAGCGCUUACCAGAAGCAGUGGCCUCUUGAUUGGAUCAACGGUCUGUGUUAUAGUUGACCUGUGAGAAUUACCUGGUGUUUUCCGAAAACUUGAUGAUAUGCGUGAUAAAAUGAGGAAAUGGAGGGAAGAGAACUGCAGGAACAGUGAACAGAUAGUAGACGUUGGAGAAGAGUUAAUCAAUGAAUAUGCAUCUAAACUUGGAGAUGACAUUUGGAUAAUAUAUGAACAAGUGAUGAUUGCUGCCCUGGACUGCAGUAGAGAUGAUUUGGCAUUGUUUUGUCUUCAGGAGCUAAGACGUCAGUUUCCUGGGAGCCACAGAGUUAAACGAUUAACUGGGAUGAGAUUUGAAGCUAUGGAAAGGUAUGAUGAUGCUAUUCAGUUAUAUGAUAGAAUUUUACAAGAGGAUUCUACUAACACGGCAGCAAGAAAGCGUAAGAUUGCCAUUCGAAAAGCCCAGGGGAAAAAUCUCGAGGCCAUCCGAGAGCUGAAUGAGUAUCUGGAACAAUUUGUUGGAGACCAGGAAGCUUGGCAUGAACUUGCAGAACUUUACAUCAAUGAACAUGACUAUGCAAAGGCAGCCUUCUGCUUAGAAGAGCUUAUGAUGACUAAUCCACACAACCACUUAUAUUGUCAACAAUAUGCUGAAGUUAAAUACACUCAAGGGGGGCUUGAAAACCUUGAGCUAUCAAGAAAGUAUUUUGCGCAAGCACUGAAGCUUAACAACAGAAAUAUGAGAGCUUUGUUUGGACUUUACAUGUCUGCCAGCCAUAUUGCUUCCAAUCCAAAAGCAAGUGCAAAAAUGAAAAAAGAUAAUAUGAAAUAUGCCAGCUGGGCAGCUAACCAAAUAAACAGAGCAUACCAGUUUGCAGGUCGCAGUAAGAAAGAAACUAAAUAUUCAUUGAAGGCAGUGGAAGACAUGUUGGAGACCCUGCAAAUCACUCAGUCUUAGGUUGGCACAGAGAUACAAUAUCACAUUUUCCGGUUCCAUGAUCAACUUGUAAUGACAUAUGGGUUAUGUUACUCUAGUGCUGUUAAAAGUUAAUUUUGUAUUGAUUAAUGUGCUAUCUAAAAUAAUGUUUUCUGAAAACUAAAAUGCCUCUUUAUUGCUGCUAUGAGAAAUGUGAUGAAUACCCACUGAAAUGACUUGUAACUGAAAUAACUUAUUCAUACAGACAACAUAAGAAAUUACAUGCGUUGCACGUCAGUCUCUUCAGAUUUUUGUAUCUACAAUACCUGCUUUUAAGCCAUAAUUUGUAGAAAUAAACUUGUUAAAUGAUUUAAAAAAAAAACCCAGUGAUUUAUUGGAUUUGCAGUGGAAAUUAUGAGUUUAUAGAUGUAGAUGAGUAACGUAUCUUAGAAACUUUGGUCAUAUUUAUGUAUUUAAGAAUAAAAGCGUGCUACGGGUGCCCACUUUCUGGUAAAUGUUUACCUUGCAGCAAGGUGUGACUAUGAAUACACUUUGUUAGAGAAAAAAAAUAUGUUAACUGUUUUAUCAAUCAGUUGAUAUCCCGUAUUGUGGAAAUGGAGAAAACUUAUUUGCGUGCUUUGCUUCAGAGGUGCUGUUAUACUGGCUUAAGGCCAAAGACAUUCUUCUCUGUGGCUUUGUGGGCAAAUGCUUCCAUACACACAUAGUUCUCCAAUCAGUAAGUGCAUAUGCACUUUUUUAUUCCUUCUCUAUGUCCUUUGUUGCACAGGUGUUCCACAUCAUGAAUUUGAAAACCAUCUGAACUCAGGGCUGCGUGUUAAUUUUGUGGGUACGAUAUGGGUAACCUUCACUGUGUGUAAGCUGUGGCAUAUUAGCUUCUCCACAGUCACCAAGUAUUGCUGCACUGUAAAGAUGAGACAGCUUGUUCAGCUGCCUUGCACUUACUGGAGGAUAAAAGUCUGUUUAUACCAUUUGCAUGAAGCAUCUAG